GAGUCUUUCCUUCGCGUCUUCUUUGUUUUCGAGUGAGUUCUUUCCCGUCGUUUAAGUUUGUUGCAGGGUGUCAAAAACAGAGAAAACUCUGCCAAGUGAUCAACCAUGCGAGGCUCCGCCGUGGCCCCAAGAGUGACUAGAAUUCUGGCUACGAGCCACCUCCGGGAGGAGGAAGAGUCGAGCGUCGGCGACGGCGUUGAGUUUGAAUUCCUCGAUGACGGAGAGGUGUUGACAAAAAGAAGCAGCAUCAGCAGCAGCGACGAAUGCUGCUCGAACGAGAUGGAGUUACUGGACGACGAUGUUGAUGGGAGAGAGAAUGAUUCUUCCGUUGAAGAGAAUAGAAGCUUCUGGGACAAUCAACAACACACUUUUGCAGAAUGCAAAUUGCAGAGUGUAAUAUGCAGAACAAGUUCAAUAGAGACGGGGGUGAGAAACGCAACGAAAGAAGUGGUGAAGGAGAUACAGAGCGCCGAAACAGUGUGUGGUUGUGGCUCCCAAGUGGCCCCAAUCAGUUGCCGAAGAUGCUUGAUGAGGGAAGUUUUGAGGCGCCUCCAGAGUCUGGGCUAUAAUAACUCUGCCCUCUGUAAAACUAAAUGGAGGACCUCCAAGGAUAUUCCAGCAGGGGAGCACAAUUUCAUAGAUGUGAUAGACAGCAAAAGCUCAAAGAAAGGAGAGGUGAGGGUGAUCAUAGAACUGAACUUCCGGGCAGAGUUUGAGAUGGCGAGGGGAAGCGAGGACUACAACCGCCUGGUGCGGCGGCUGCCGGAGGUGUUUGUGGGGAAAGCAGAAAGACUAAGCAACGUGAUAAAGGUCAUGUGCAUGGCAGCGAAGAAGUGCAUGGAGCAGAAGAAAAUGCACUUGGGGCCAUGGAGGAAGCAAAGGUACAUGCAGGCCAAGUGGCUGGGACCAUGUGAAAGGAACACUAUCAAUUGGACAGGUUCGUUUAACAUGUGGGAUAAUAAUUCUUCGGCUGAUCAGAGGAUGACGAUGAAGACAAAACCAAAGGCGUCUAUGUUAACUGUGGAUUUGCUUGACAAGCUUCCUAGUAUGCAUUAUAAGGCUGUUGAGGUUGUGUAAUGAGUUUGAUUAAUUGUAUAUCUUGAUAUUGCUACAUAUUAUGAGAGAAAGCGAGCUUGGAUGUUUGUAAAUUUUUUUUUCUCCCUUGGUUGAACAAAGAGUGAGAGCUAGUCCAAAUAGAGUGGUACAUGAGCGGGCUGUAAUGAAAUAAAUAAAAUAAAUUUUAUGAAUUAAAAAAAUGAUCAUACGUGCUUUGUAAUUUAAAAUGAAAAAUCUAUUUUCAUCGUUCUAAUCAUAUCAAUUCACCUGGUGUAAACAUAAAAAAUGAAAGAAAUAUUUCAUGA